GUUCCAUCGCUAAUACACCAUCUCUACCAUCUUGACGCGUGCUCUUUAAAAGCAAACUCUCUGAAAAAUCGUGUGUAAUAGCCUAUCUGGAUAAAGCACAGAAGAUAUAGCAAGUUGCGGAAGUGCAGAAAAAGACAAAGAGCGACUGAAAAAUGGCAAACGCAGACGUGCAGUUCAACUACGGCCAGCAGGGCAAUGGCGAGAACUUCAACGACGACAGCAGCCAGCAGCAGGACGACGACGACCAGUACGACGGUGACGGCAGCGUGAAGAUCGAGAAUGUGGGCGAGAGCCCCAAGUUCGUCCGCCUGCGCGGUCUCCCGUGGUCCGCCACGCACAAGGAGAUCCUCGACUUCCUGGAGAACGUGAACGUGACCAAUGGCUCGGCGGGCAUCCACCUGGUCACCAGUCGCGUUGACGGCAAGAACACCGGCGAGGCUUACGUGGAGGUGGCCACCCAGGAGGACGUCGAGGAGGCGCGGAAGCUGAACAAGGCCAGCAUGGGCCACCGCUACAUUGAGGUCUUCACCGCCACUCCCAAAGAGGCCAAGGAAGCCAUGCGGAAGAUCAGCGGUCACGGCACUGCCUUCGUUGUUAAGCUUCGAGGUCUGCCGUACGCCGUCACCGAGCAGCAGAUCGAGGAGUUCUUCUCUGGGUUGGAAAUCAAAACGGAUCGGGAGGGCAUACUUUUUGUUAUGGACAGAAGGGGUCGUGCAACUGGGGAAGCUUUUGUUCAGUUCGAAAGCCAGGACGACACUGAGCAAGCCUUGGGCCGAAAUCGGGAAAAAAUUGGGCACAGGUAUAUUGAGAUAUUCCGUAGCUCAAUUGCUGAAAUGAAAAGGGCCACAGGCGCCGGCGGUGGCGUCGGAGGACGCCCAGGACCGUAUGACAUACGUGAUCGUGGAGCCAAUCGAGGUGGUAAUGAUUUCGGCGGAGGACGCAAUGAUUGGGGCAACAAUGGCAACUUCGGUGUUGGUGCCAACAAUAUGCUGGGCUUCAACAACCUGCCAAGCUUGAUGAACUCCGGCAAUUUUGGAAACAACCAAGGAAAUAGUGGAAAUUUCGGAAAUAAUUCUGGGCCCAGCAAUUUCGGCAACUUUGGUGGCGGCAACAACAACGCCGGCGGUGGAAACUCCGGAAACUUUGGAAAUAAUGGCGGUGGUAACGGAGGAAACUUUGGAAACUUCGGCAACAACGGAGGCGGGAACUUCGGCGGCAACAACAACGGCGGCGGAGGCUUCAACAGUGGCAACAACUUUGAUUCGCCAGGAGGCAAUAAUAAUUUUGGAAACAAUGGCGGCUCCAAUUUUGGCAACAAUAGCGGAGGAGGCUUCAAUAACGGAGGCAACUUUGGCUCGUCAACUGGCGGUGGCAAUUUUGGUCCUAUCGGUGGCGGUCGCAACAACAACAGCGGCAACUUUGGAAACUCUGGGUUCGGAAACUUUGGAGGUAACAACAAUAAUGGAAACGGUGGCUCCAACUUCGGGGGUGGCAACAAUGGCGGCGGUGGUGGCUUUAACAAUGGCUCAAACUUUGGCGGUGGCAACUCCGCUGGAGGCGGUGGCAAUUUUGGCCCCAUCGGCGGAGGCCGGGGCAAUGAUGCCGAGCAUUAUACCAUCCACAUGCGAGGACUUCCCUACACUUCCUUUGAAAAUGACGUUUUCAAGUUCUUCGAACCCAUUCGGCCCGCUAAUGUGCGGAUCAACUACAACAAAAAGGGUCUGCACAGUGGAACUGCUGAUGCCUACUUCGACACCUACGAGGAUUCACAGGUGGCCAUGAAGCGCCACCGAGAGCAGAUGGGUUCGCGCUACAUUGAGCUGUUCUACGACGGAAAGACCCGGGGUGGAGCCAAUGGAAACAACAGUGGCGGAAACGGAGGUGGUAAUGGUGGCGGCGGAAUGGGCAACAAUGGCGGCGGCGGCGGAGGCAACGGUGGCGGUAACUUUUCGCGACGUAUCUGAAAACUUCCAUAGUUCCGAUUACAUUGAAAUUAAUGUAGACGCAAGUAUUUCAUAAUUUUAUGAUGAAGCCGAAACUGUAAACCGCUAUGGCAACAUUACAACCACGUAAACCACUUAACUAUCAAACAGAUUUCCGACAGAGACAAUUGGUCCGACUUAGAAACCACAUUUCUGAUUGUAAGCCAAUGAACCAUCAAGAAUAAAGAGCACACUCUUAUUUAAGUACUUUA